GGUGGUUGCUUAAGAUGGAGAGGGUCCUUCUCACUCAAUAACAAAAGCCCACCGACGCAGAAGCUGGCAUCACUCACAUGUUGACUCCCUCCUUUUACCAUUAUACCCUCACUACCACCGACACAAUCUUCUCUUUGGCACGGACAUCCUCGUCAUUUCUCAAACAAAAAAGACAAAAGUCAUAAACCACCGGUACCUACCCCCCAAUCCACUGCCAAAGAUAUUCUCCCGCGAGAACAUCCUUCGCCGUCGCCACCAUUUUUGUCACCCUCCAUCAUACCGGGUCGGUUCGGGUAUUGACGAGACAACUCCACACACAGAGAGAGUUGUUGGAGUUGUUCUGUCUGAAACCGAACCACAUUCCAAAGAUAGCCGUUGUCAUUGUCAGAAGGAGAAGCCAUUGCGUUUUAGAAAGCGAUACCGUGAGCGACAACAAUGCAUUGCGUUAGGGUUUGAUUAUAUUACGCAGAUCGAGGCUCCCGCUGUGAAGCGCAUUUUGCAAUUUCAACAAAUAAAUAAAUAAAAAUGGGAGAAAAAUCGAGGUCCAAAGGAGGGUGCUGCGGUUGGUUUAUCGCGUUUAUCAUUCUGGCUCUCGUCGUCGGUGCCAUUGUUUUUACCGUUAAGAAGAAAUUUAGUCACUCCGGUUCCGAUAAGCCUGCUCCGGUUCCCGGUCCCCCUGGCGCCGUUGACCAAAAAUAUUCCACUGCACUCAAAACUGCGAUGCAAUUCUUCGAUAUUCAGAAAUCUGGGAAGUUAGUUGACAACAAAAUAUCUUGGAGAGGGAAUUCGGCUCUUAAGGAUGGGAGCCAAGCGAAGUUGGAUCUAACAAAAGGGAUGUACGAUGCUGGGGAUAACAUGAAGUUUGGUUUUCCCAUGGCUUUUACGGCGACGGUGCUGUCGUGGUCCAUUCUGGAAUAUGGAGAUCAGAUGGAUCACGUUGGCCAGUUAGACGCUGCGCAAGAUUCGCUCAAGUGGAUCACUGAUUAUCUCAUCAAUGCUCACCCUUCUGAGAAUGUUCUCUAUAUUCAGGUGGGUGAUCCUGUUGCAGAUCACAAGUGUUGGGAAAAACCAGAAGCCAUUACUGAGGAACGACCACUCAUACAAGUGAAUGCAUCUUGUCCUGGAUCAGACGUUGCAGCUGAAACUGCAGCAGCCAUGGCCUCAGCAUCUUUGGUCUUUAAAAAGACUGAUCCUACAUAUUCAAGCACUCUACUCAAGCAUGCAAAACAGUUGUUUACUUUUGCUGACAAGAAUAGAGGUUCCUAUAGUGAGAAUAUACCCGAAGUCCAGACAUAUUAUAACUCAACUGGAUAUGGUGAUGAGCUUUUAUGGGCAGCUAGUUGGCUCUAUCAUGCUACGGGUGAUGAUUCUUACCUUCAGUUUGUGACUGGCCAAGAUGGAGAAGACUAUGCUCAAUGGGGAAGCCCAACCUGGUUCAGUUGGGAUAACAAGCUUGCUGGAACUCAGGUUUUGUUAUCUAGAUUAAGCUUUUUUAAGGCAAAGGACAUUUCGAAUUCAUAUAGCUCUGGGCUCCAUAGUUACAGGAAAACUGCUGAGGCUGUAAUGUGUGGUCUUCUUCCGGAUUCUCCAACAGCCACAAAAAGCAGAACAGAUGAUGGUCUUAUAUGGGUGAGCCAAUGGAACUCUUUGCAACAUCCUGUUGCAUCCGCAUUCUUAGCUGCUGUUUACAGUGACUAUAUGCUAACAUCGCAGACACCAAAACUAAAAUGUGGUUCAGAUUCCUUUACCCCAUCAGAUCUUCGAGACUUUGCCAAAUCUCAGGCUGAUUACGUAUUGGGCAAGAAUCCUAUGCAUAUGAGUUUUCUGGUGGGCUAUGGAGAUAAAUACCCUCAAUUUGUGCAUCAUAGGGGUGCUUCAAUUCCUGCUGAUGCAAAAACUGGCUGCAAGGAUGGCUUCCAGUGGCUUGAGUCAUCUGAUCCUAAUCCCAAUGUAGCUACUGGAGCACUUGUUGGUGGACCCUUCUUAAAUGAGACUUUCAUUGAUUCCAGGAACAAUUCCAUGCAAACAGAACCAAGCACGUACAACAGUGCUGUCAUAGUCGGUCUCUUAUCAAGUUUAGUUACCACGUCUUCUGCCGUUCAAUCCUUUACCUAAGCUGUAGCUUCCUAUCCGUCCUGAGUUGCACUUGUUGACGUAGAUUUAUGUUUUUUGUUGCUUUAUUCACUUCCCAAUCCUUACAAAUGAAGUGUUGUCAAAAGCACGAAACAUAAUAUUGUAACGAUAUGCAUGAUUGUAUGAGUGUAAACCCUGAGGUUUGGAUAGGUUUAUCGUGAAUAUGUACGGGUGUAGUUUGCUUUGGCAUUAUUAGCUCAGCAGGUGUGGAGCUAUUUUGUUGUAGUAUGUAGAGCAAAUCUUUAAAAUUUAUUAUUAUUAUAACCACUGCUUUUAUUAUUAUCAUCAUCAUUAGAC